UUUACGUAGCCCCAACGUCACACGCGCAGUGUCAGAAACGUCAUGAGCGUCUUACUGCCCAACAUGGCGGACUUUGAUACCAUUUAUGAGUUAGAAGAAGAAGACGAGCGAAUAGUGAGUGAAGAGCACCUCGUCCGAUACUGCCCUGAACCUGUGAUAAUGCGAGGGGACGGCCACAUCACUGUGUUUGGACUUAGCAACAAAUUUGACACAGAAUUCCCACCUGUUCUUACAGGAAAGGUUGCUCCAGAGGAGUUCAAGACGAGCAUCAACCGGGUGAAUGCUUGCCUAAAGAAGAACCUUCCUGUCAAUGUUAAAUGGCUACUAUGCGGCUGUUUGUGCUGUUGCUGUACUGUGGGCUGCAGUCUGUGGCCUGUCAUAUGCCUCAACAAGAGGACAAGGAGAUCCAUUCAGAAAUUGUUAGAAUGGGAAAACAACCGGUUAUAUCACAAGCUGGGGCUGCAUUGGAAACUCAGCAGAAGAAAAUGUGAGAGUAAUAACAUGAUGGAGUAUGUGAUUCUUAUAGAAUUCUUACCCAAAUAUCCUAUAUUCCGACCAGACUAAGAGCACUGCAGUGGGAUGCUGUCUCUUUUUCAGAUCAUUUGGUGAAGUCCAUAUGCUGUUAUACAGAUGCAGAAAUGUGGACUUUCAAGCUCCUUUUUUUUUUUUUUUAACAUGUAUACUGAUUCUCUUUUGUUCAGCUGCCAUGUUUUUCUUCAUUUUUCUAAUGUCAGCCUGUUGGAUUAAAGUGCUUUUUGAACUGAGCAGAAUGUUUAGAGAGAGCUGUACUAAAAGACACCUAAACUUUGCCUAAUUAUUUAGAGAGACAAAUCUCUCAGCAUUCUACUGCAGAGUUACUGUAAAUGUUUCUCUUUAUUUCUGUGAAAAGCAUAAAUAAAUUGUUGAUUAUAA